UGUGCAGCAUUAGUUGUUCAGAGAUAUUGAUUUGAGUUGUCUAAGAGAAGAAGAUAUGGAUGAAGGGAAAGAGAAGAAGUUUGUGUGUAAGUUCUGUUACAAGACGUUUCCUUCUGGGAAAGCACUCGGUGGUCACAUUAGGAUCCACUCGAACGAGAAUUCAGUUGAUUCAGAUCGUUUCAAUCGCGUCAAGAAGAAGAGGUUGGUGGAUCAGAGAGAGAAGCAACAAGUUUGUUGCAGGAGAUGUCGUAAAAAGUUUGUUUCUUUGAAAGCUCUUAGAGCUCACAUGGUUUGUCACUGUGAGGGAGAGAAGAUGUUGCAGGAUAGCCAAUCUGAUACUGAUGAGUCUGAGACUUCCUCAGCUCCUUUGAGGAAAAGGUCUAGGAGGGUGAUGGCUCAUAAACAUAAACAACAGUUUUUUUGCAAGAUAUGUGAUAAAGGGUUUGCUUCUUUGAAAGCUAUUAGCGCUCACAUGGCUUGUCACUCUGAGGGAGAGAAGAUGUUGAUCGAUAGCCAAUCUGAUACUGACUCUGAGACUUCCUCAGCUCUUAAAAGGUCCAAGAGAGUGAUGAGAAGAUCAAAUUCAGAAUCUUUUAGUAAUGGGAGCUUGUCUUUUGAUUCUGAUAUAGACCAAGAAGUUGGAGAGGGGGCUUAUUUGUUGAUGGUGUUGUCGAGAGGUUCUAGUUUCAAGAAAAGACGUAACUUGGUGAUGAACUCUCUGGGUGAGUCAUCUGAAAACAACUCUGGGAUUGUUGAGACCAAGUCAUCUUCAGGAGAGGAGCUAAAGAACUUAAAUGUGAAGAGUCAAGUUAUAGAGACAGAUGAUCAGUUGAGAUAUGCUAAUGAUAACGGUGUUAGUCUCUGUGAUUCAGAUGGCUCUGAUUCUGAUUACUUCAUGAAUGGUCCAAAGAAGUCGGACUCGGACAUUUCAGUUGAGGGAUCUCUUAGGAACACUGGAUUUGGAUCUGAAUUCAUCAACACAUUGCACAGGUUCAGGAAUAGUGAUAAGAAAGGAUCACUGUAUGAGCUGAGCAAAAGCAAAAAGGACUUGUGUUCUUAUGAAACUGAUUUAUGUGCAGACACAAACAGUAAGAUUCAUAGGUACAGAGAUAGUAAAUCUCCAGUGGUAAAGAAAGCAGGUGGUGAAAAGAAGACAAGUCACGAGUGCCCAAUUUGCUUCAGGGUGUUCAAAUCAGGCCAAGCUUUAGGUGGUCACAAGAGAUCACAUUCUUAUGAGAAUCAAGAACACAACCAAGUAUCUGAAAUCCGUAACCAAAUUAAUCUCAAUGUUCCUGCUUCAGAUAUUGAUCAAUGGAAUCAGAGAACCUGAAACUAGAACUCAUCAGGCUUAUAAUGUUCUCUCAGGUGUUUGUUUCCCCUCUUUUUUAGCUUGUUUCUCUUGCUCCACAUUUUAAAAAUUGCUCAAGGUUUGUAAGAUAGCUAGAUCAAGAAGUAUUUUUUGAUUUGUUCAUAUAAAGCUAUUCAUCAGUUAGAGCCAA